AAAGAGGGCGGCCCGAGAGGCGGGACAGACCCGAGCGGGCGCGGUCGCGGUCGCUGCUGCUGCUGCUGCUGCUCCGUCUCCCUCACGCGCGGCCGGGCUGCUCCGGCCCGUCUCCCUGCCUUCGCGGAGAUGGCGGACGAGGAGCUGGAGGCGCUGCGCAAGCAGAGGCUGGCCGAGCUGCAGGCCAAGCACGGGGAUCCUUCCAGUGAUAUUGCACAACAAGAAUCAAAACAGAGGGAAGCUGAAAUGAGAAAUAAUAUUUUGGCUCAAGUUUUGGAUCAAGCAGCACGUGCCAGAUUGAGCAAUUUAGCACUUGUAAAGCCAGAAAAGGCAAAGGCAGUUGAGAAUUAUCUUAUACAGAUGGCAAGAUUUGGACAAUUAGGUGGAAAGGUAUCAGAACAAGGGUUGAUAGAAAUACUUGAAAAAGUGAGUCAGCAAACUGACAAAAAAACAACAGUAAAGUUCAAUAGAAGAAAAGUAUUGGAUUCUGACGAGGAAGAUUAAUUAAUGAAAUGUGAAGACAGUUGCCAACUGCAAAUCAUCUGGAAUAUGUCAAGGAAAGUAUGUUCUAUCGUAGAUGAAAGUUUACACAAUGUUCUGUACACGUUCUUAUAAAAAGGAAAACAGAUGAGCCUGCCUUCUGUAUAAUUAAGUGAAAUGGUUUUCUUAGAUGUGUUUUGUAUAAAGGGCUUGAGAAAUAGGGAUUCACUCACUAUUUCUUGGGCUUCAGCUUUCCUUUGACACCAUGUAGUUAAAUUAACUCUGCAGCUGGCAGACGUGUUGAUGUAUUUGCCCUGCCUCUCCUCCUAUAGGCGCUUCAUAUCCUAUAGGAAGUGAAAUUCUAUCUUGCCGACAGACAAGAGAUUUUAAGUCUGCAGGCUAAAUACAUAUUGGAAAGAGAAUUUCAUUUGUAUAUUUAAACUUGGGAGGAAUAUGCUGCACCCAUACAUUUCUUAACCAUGAAUAAAAGAUGAGCAGCAGCCAUGGCGUUUACUCUUUCCCCUAAGUAAAAAUUCCCACCUCACUUUUGAUUAUCUUAGCUCUGAUUAAUGCCAGACAGGAUUCCCUGAUAGCUAUGUUUUUGAAACUGGCUUCAAAGCCUGAUUAGCAUUACCAUGGUUUCAAAGGAGCAGAAAUACUGUGUAUACGUUACAUGCCACGUCAGGACCUUUCCUGAAGUUUUGCUAAAAUUGGUUUGGAACCAAGCGAGACAGGCUGGUUCACAAAAAUAUGGCUCUAUAAUGUAUUGUUGACUGAUUUUGCUGCAUUGCAAAUUCAGGAUGCUUUGCUUAGAACAUCAUGAAAUGUAAUUAAAGUCUGCUUGGGAAAAAUCA